UUAUGUGGCAAAAUGCAAAUUCUGUGCUGUCAAAUAUAACAAAUAGUUACGAAAACACAAGAGGUUUUGAUGGUUUAGAGAAGAAGAAGCCAGCAGAAGACUUUAUUGAAGAAGAAACAAGAAACAAUUAUAGUGAGGAAGAAGAUAUGAAUAAGGACUAGACUAAAGAAUUUGAUCCUAAUUAAUGGAGUUUAGGUAGGUUUGAGAUGGGUAGGUAUUUAGGUAAUGGUAAAUUUGGACAUGUUUAUUUGGCGAGGUAAACACUAUAAUUUAUAUCCAAUUAGAGAGCGUGAGAGCAAAUUCAUAUUAGCUCUUAAGGUAAUAAGCAAGAGACAAUUGAAUUUGUGUCAAUUAACAGGUUCAUUAACUAGGGAAGUAGAAAUUCUAAGUCAUUUGAAACAUCCAAAUAUUAUUGGGUUUUAUGGUUUUUUUUAGACAGAAAAAAGAGUUUACUUAAUGUUGGAAUGGGCUCCAUUAGGGGAUCUAUAUGGAUUAAUGAAGAAAUAAACAAAUAGAAGAUUUAGCGAAGAGAUGGCAUCAAAAAUUAUUAAGUAAAUCACUGAGGCUAUUGGAUAUAUGCAUUCGAUGAAUGUUAUCCAUCGAGAUUUAAAACCAGAAAAUAUUCUUUGCUUUAAUAAUGAAAUCUUCAAGAUAUCUGAUUUCGGAUGGAGUGUACAUACUCCAUCAAAUAGAAGGAAGACAUUAUGUGGUACACUAGAUUAUUUGUGUCCUGAAAUGAUCAAUUAUUAAUCUCAUGAUAAUCGAGUGGAUGUGUGGACUAUUGGUGUUUUGGCUUAUGAAUUAGUAGUGGGUAUUGACUCUAUAUUAUUUUUCAGGCAGACCUCCCUUUGAGUCCCACAAUGAACAUGAUACAAAGAAGAAGAUCAUGAAUCUGAUGUUUUAGUUUCCUAAUUGGAGCAGUAAAGAAUUUCAGAAUUUUGUGAAAGGGAUUCUCUAGCAUGAUUGCAAUAAGAGACCUUCCAUCACUCAAAUAUUGAAUCAUCCUUGGAUCACCAAAUGA